CUUCUUCUCCGAACUCUCAAGUCUCAACUCGUCCCCCGGCAAAAUCCCCCGUGCUAGGGUUUCCGCAACCGCCUCCGCUGCUACCCACCCAACCUGCAUUGCGACAGCGACGCGGCGCGGCCAUGGCGACGGCGGCGAAGGGCGGAGAGAAGCCGGCGCUGAGGAAGCCGGUGUUCGUCAAGGUGGACCAGCUCAAGCCGGGCACCUGCGGCCACACCCUCACCGUCAAGGUCGUCAGCGCUAACCCCGUUCCUGCCCGUGGCCGUGCCGGAGGGGGCGGCCCGGCCGUCGGAUCUCGCCCCGCGCGCAUCGCCGAGUGCCUCGUCGGCGACGAGACCGGGGUCAUCGUCUUCACCGCCCGCAACGAGCAAGUGGACAUGCUGAUGCCAGGAAAUACAGCAAUCUUGCGGAAUGCGAGAAUCGAUAUGUUCAAGGGCUCAAUGAGGCUUGCUGUCGACAAGUGGGGACGUGUGGAGGUUACAGAGCCUGCCAGUUUCGCCGUGAAAGAAGACAAUAACCUAUCGCUUGUUGAGUAUGAAUUGGUUAACGUGCCAGAGUGAUUGUUCCAUCAAAGUUUCUACUGCUAGCAUAAAAAGGGAAUGCCAAACUUGUAGUGAUUUUUGUUUAAAAGAUCGUAGGAGGGGCUAUGGCGUUUUGUUAAGAGUUCUCAAUCAGUGAAAUUCAUAUAAAAUCCUUGUGUGUGCACCCAUCAAGUUGCUUAUUCUCGUGACCUGAUAAUCGUAUUGCUGCUAGUUGUGGGUGUGAUUACCGAAGCUGCAGGACAGGCAAGAUGCAAAUGCAACCGUCUCAGCAACAA